AUGAAUUCUAGAGAAAUCAAAACCGCUAUAUCCAACAUAGAAAAUGCUUCUAAUGAUGAAACAAUUAUGGAUAUCUUAAAUCUACUAAAACGAGACGUUAAACCAACUGAAAUGUUACUAAGAGAAACGAAAGUUGGUGUAUCUGUUAAUAAACUUCGUGCAUCAAAGAAUCCAAAGAUAUCUACUUUAGUCAAGUCAAUAAUAAAAAAAUGGAGGGAAAUUGUCAAUAACAAUAGCACCAGUAAUGUUAGCUCUAAUAAUAAAGCUCUUGCUAAUAGCGGUUCUAAAAUCCUUAAUUCAAUUCCAUCUGUGUCAAACAGUAAUUUACCAAGAAAUGCUAGAACAGAUAAUGUCAAUGUUCAAAUCUAUGAUGAUAAAACGAGAGUUAGUUCAUUAAGUGCACUAUACAAUGCUUUGGUCUCAGAUAGACCACCAUUAAUUUAUAAACCUUCUGAAGCAUUUAAAAUAAUUAAAGAGAUUGAAGCUUUAUGCCAUAAACAAACGCUAUAUCAAAUUAAUGAUACUUACAGAUCAAAAUUAAGAACCUUAGUGAUGAAUAUUAGAUCAAAGAAUAAUCCUCAAUUAAGAUACAAAAUCUUGAAUGGUGACAUAUCUCCCUCAUCUUUGGUUAAAAUGUCGCCAGAAGAAAUGAUUAAUGAUACCUUGAAGGAAAAAGUUAAGAAAAUGAAAGAAGAAAAUUUAUUUAACGCCGAAGUUCCUCAAGAAAAGAGAGCUGUAACUGACAGAUUUACCUGUGGCAAGUGUAAACAAAAAAGAGUUAGUUAUUUCCAAAUGCAAACUAGAAGUGCUGAUGAACCUUUAACAACCUUUUGUCGUUGUGAAAAUUGUGACAAUAGAUGGAAAUUUUCUUAA